AUGAAACAUGAUAAACGAUCAAUUCAAGAAUUUGUCGCCUAUUGUCGUGAUUCGCAUGGUAACGAAUUCCCAAAACGGGACAUCGAACAGUUUCAACAAGAAUAUCAUGAACAUUCACCCAUUUGGUGGUAUACAGCACCGCAUUUUCUCUACUCAGUGCUUCAGCACUCCUUGGAAACUCUAGAUUUUGAAGCAAUCAUCAAGUUAGGUUUCUUUAUUCGCGAUCUUCAUGAACAAUUAGGAAAACUUCACUCCGAACAGUUCAAGAAAGGCAAAGGAAAAUUAUUGACUGUCUACCGUGGCCAAGGACUACCAAAAAGUGAUUUACAAAAAUUAAAAUCACAUGUAGGCGGUCUCUUGUCGUUCAACCACUUUCUAUCAACUAGUCCAGAUCGUCUUAUUUCUAUUGCCAAUGCUAGGCAGACAGCCGAAAACCAAGAAUCUGUUAGAGUGUUAUUUGUGAUCACUGUUGAUCUAUCGAUUUCAUCGACUCCAUUUGCAAAUAUUCGAGAUUUACAAUAUUAUUCAAGUCAUGAAUCAGUACUAUUUACUACACACAGUGUCUUUCGAAUUGAACGUAUUCAACAAAUGGAUAAAGAAUCUCGAUUUUGGCAAGUACAACUUACAAUGAUGGAACAUAACGAUGGCUAUUGGAGCUCUCUAACUGAAUUCAUGAGAAAUGAAAUCCAAGGACCAACAGAAUAUCAUCGAUUGGUUGUUUGUGUACGAUUUAAAGAUCGAGUUCAAAAAAGCAUGGUUUCAAGUUUAUCACCUUCAACAAUGGUAUUUCAUCAAGAUUUAUUAGAUUCACUUGAUGCUCAUUUCUAG